AUGCUAGUGAGCCGCGACCCCGAUCUGAGGUUAGAGCAGAUUUUGGAGCUUACUAUGCCUUACCUAAUGGAAGCAGCCGAGGCAAAGAAACGACUGCUCGUUCAUAGAAUAGUAAAGGAAGUAGAGUCGGGGGCCACAAGUAAGCUGGGGACUCUGCAAGUCAAGAAAGAGGAAGCAGCUCGGCGGCUUACCAUGCCCUACUACUUAGUUCAACUCGUCAUCCAAGAGCUCAAGAGACGGGGCAAGCUCAACGGCGUCCCGGGCUUAGGCCUUCUUUGGGAUCUAGGGUCCGCUGGCGCUCUAGAAGGCACACGCUUAGAAGAGAUGGUGGCGGCAAGAGAAGCGGUGCUCGCUUGGCUUGUUCUCGAACUAGAAAGAGUGCGAACGGGCGCACCAGCGGCACCAGAGAGCGUGCGGAGACGCUUGGGGGACCUGUACCCGACAGCCAUUGCUGCAGGUGCAACGUUAGAGGAGAUCGUCGAAGUACGGCCACUCUCCGUCUAUCAGUAUGCAAGCGACCCGCUGAUCGACAAUGCCUUCGUUUGGCAAGUGCCCGCAGGCGGGUUGGUUCGUGUCAAACCCUAUGACAAGAAUGAGUCGGUUGAGAAGUCCUACCUCGAUGUACAUAGUGUCUAUCGAAUGGACCCGUAUGGUACGGGAAAGGAUUGUACAGCAGCCGAUGUACAUGUUACUAGGCAGUUAGGAGAGACAGGGGAUCCCUCCUUGAACGUUUUCAGCGUCAAGAGAACAGGAAAGAAAAACGCUGUAGAAACAGUCUUGAAACAACAUGCGAACAUCUCGAAAGGCUCUGAAGCCCCUAAUCUCAGGGUGUUUUACGUCACAACCUCACGCUUAGAUAGGAAGGCCGAGGCCGAGGAAGCGAUCAAGGGCUGCAAGCCACCGAUGGUAGUUGUUGAUGGAGAUGGAAUCGAAGGGUUCCUCGGCUGCUUCGGAGAUAUCCGUCCGUUGGCAGGGGAAAAUGAAAGUCUACAGAAAGCAAGACGCUCGUCAGGCACUCGGAGUGCGUCUCAAUCGUCAGUGGACGCCAAUCCGCUUCAGCCUCAGCAGGCGGAGGCAGCCAAGGAG